AUGGCGCCUGAGGAUCUUCUGGUGAGCGGUGAGCGAGUGCUGCUGGAGGCCAAGGCUCCUGCCCUGUCCAGCCCGCAGAAGGCAGCGGAGGAUCUGGCGCCUAUACCAAAGAAAGAGCUUAACCAUGUUCAGAGUGGUGGAGUUUCUGAGGAACCUCUGGAGACGGAGCAGCUGCUCCCAAAGCAGGGUGCCAGUGACUCCAGGGAGCGUCCAGCUGAUACACAUGGCAGCCAGGCAGGCGAGCUGAGACCCCAGAGGGGGCAGACAGGUGACAGGUGGUGCGUGAUGAACCUGGCAGCAGCCUCUGAUGAUGUUUGCAAGGACAGAAGUGAGGAGCAGCCAUGUCAGCCAGCUGAGAGUAGGGACUUGGACCACGAAGAAUGGGAAGUUGUUUCUGAGCACCUGGCCUGGGGGGAGGCUGGCAGGAGCGGCAGCGUGGAAGACUCUGACAGCAAGGAAUGGGAACAAGGAGACUGCCCCGAUGGGGACCUCAAAGCAAAGAGAGUUGCAGCUGUGCCCCCCAUGUUUCAAAACAUCCACGUGACUUUCCGCAUACACUACGUCACGCACUCGGACGCUCAGCUGAUUGGUGUUACUGGUGACCAUGAAUGUCUUGGCCAGUGGCAUAGCUAUGUUCCCCUCAAGUACGACAAGGAUGGCUUCUGGUCUGAAUCCAUUAGUCUGCCGGUAGACACCAAAGUAGAGUGGAAAUUUAUCUUGGUGGAGAAUGGCAAGGUCAGACAGUGGGAAGAAUGCGGUAAUAGGACCCUGAUGACUGAACAUGAAGAUCAAAUUGUUCAUCGGUGGUGGGGAUACCAUUAA